AGGUCGGUCAGAGCCACAGAAAGUCCAACGCAACAUUAACGUUGCUUUAUUCGUCACUGCAACCGACCUCGCUUUGAUCCUCAUCUCAUCUCCAUCCAUCCAACUCCAUAAUGUCUAACCUUCAAAAUACCGACACCUGAUGACUCUCGAAAUGAGCCUUGUCCUCCUCCCCAACUAACAGUCCAACCUUAACCGUGUAUCGCUGUAUUUCUCUUUUUCUUUUCACAUUCCUUUCCUUACUGAGCAAGAUUUCUUGCUCCGAAUUCGCCUAUAAAAGUUAUUCGAACACAAGUGUUUCGGAAUACAAGAUACGAUCGCAGCCUAUAGAUACCACUAAAAGCAAGUUUACAAUCUGAAACAUGUCAAGGGAGAUCUGGGUUGUUCCCUUUUUUGGGCAAGGCCAUCUCUUGCCAACCAUAGAGCUCUGCAAGCACAUGGCCUCCAGGGACUUCAAAACCACCCUCCUCAUUUCCUCCAACCUCUCUUCUUCUAUCCCCUCCUCUAUCCACCAGGUCCCUCUCCUCCAUGUAUUGGAAAUCCCAUCGCCUCCACCGCCUCCUCCCCAGCCUGAGUCCGACCCCAUGCUCCAACACCACAGACACCACGGCGACCUGUCUCUAGGCCUUGAAAACCUCCUCUCGGCCCGAGCCAAAAGCCCAAACCCAGAGCUGCCAGUUUGUGCCAUCCUCGACGUCAUGAUGAGCUGGAGCGCUGAAGUUUUUCAAAAAUUUAAUGUCCCAAUGGUCGGUUUCUUCACAUCUGGCGCCUGCUCUGCGGCCAUAGAGUAUGCGAUGUGGAAGGCCCACCCGCUGGAUAUUCAACCUGGAGAGGUCCGGUUACUCCCCGGAUUACCUGAAGACAUGGCUCUCACCCAAUCGGACCUCAAGCAACGGCCUCAUGGGGCACCGGGACCACCACCGCCAACCGGCGGUGCCCCACCAGGCCGGGGUGCAGAUUUCCAUCCACCCCCGGGUCCCGGGCCGAAUAUGAUGGGCCCACCCAAACCCGGUCAGCAUCGACCUGGCGGUGACCCACCAGGCCGGGGUGCAGAUUUCCAUCCACCCCCGGGUCCCGGACCAAAGAUGAUGGGCCCUCCCAAACCCGGUCAGCACCCACCGUGGUUGGAGGAGGUGAAGGACACAAUCGCGCUACUGAUCAACACGUGCGACGAUCUCGAGCGUCCAUUUAUCAGCUACCUCACACAUCAAGUCGGGAAACCGGUCUGGGGCGUGGGCCCGCUUCUGCCACAACAGUACUGGCAGUCGUCCCGUUCACUUCUCCACGACCGGGAAAUCCGAACCAAUCGACGGUCGAACGUCACGGAGGACGAAGUGAUGAAAUGGCUGGAGUCGAAGCCACGCGCGUCCGUCCUCUACAUUUCGUUCGGGAGUGAGGUGGGUCCAACCAUGGAAGAGUACCGACAUCUAGCCGACGCACUAGAAGCCUCAAGCCGGCCAUUCAUAUGGGUAAUCCAACCCGGUGCAGGCAGAUCGGGACCACCUCCUCAAUUACUCGGGAACCGACCCGGUUCAGAAGAAGAAGAGGGUUACUUCCCACGGGGCUUGGAUGAACGAGUUGGCGACAGGGGUUUGAUAAUACGCGGAUGGGCACCACAGCUGCUGAUACUGAGUCACCCCUCAACCGGAGGAUUCUUGUCUCACUGCGGUUGGAACUCUACGGUGGAAGCGAUAGGGCGUGGGGUCCCAUUUUUGGUGUGGCCCAUCAGGGGUGACCAAUACUAUAAUGCGAAGUUGGUGGUGGCCCAUCUCAAAGUUGGGUACAUGGUUUCUGAUGAUCUUUCGGAACCCAUAAACAAGGAAGAUAUAGGAAAAGGAAUAGAGAAGCUCAUGGGGGAUGAAGAUGUGAAGGAGCGAGCUUUGUUGCUUAGCACUGAGUUUCAGCAUGGGUUUCCAGCGAGUUCUGCGGCUGCUUUGGAUGCUGUUAGAGAUUUUAUCAACCAGAUAGUUGCUUAAGCUAUUUAGCCUUCCCCUUUUUGGUUCUGAAUAAAUAUAAUAUUAGUACAUGUGAAAGUAUAAUUCACACAAACUUCUGUUGUGUUUGUAAGAUGUGUUUGUAGUAUGCAUUCCCUAUAUUCAAAAUGAUAAUUAUUUUUAUCA